AUGAGUUUCUUGCCGCCAUCAGUGGUUCUGCCGGUGCCACUAACCACUAAAUCGCAUUUUUCACCUAUUCCAAAAGUUGUCAAUGCACAAAACCAGCAGGAUCCAAUCAUACUCGGAGUCGAUGAAGCAGGAAGGGGGCCUGUGAUUGGUCCAAUGGUGUACGGCCUGGCAUACACCAGGAAAUCCCAGGAUAGAGUACUCCGAAAGUUUGGAUUUGAUGACUCGAAAAAGCUCACACCCGAAAAAAGAACAGAGUUAAUGCAAGGAAUAUGCGGAGCAGAGCCAGAAUUACUCAGCAGCAUUGGCUGGGCGACCACAUCUAUCACAGCAAGGGAUAUUUCGGCAGGUAUGCUGCGACCUAAAGGAUCCACAUACAAUUUGAACAGUCAGGCACAUGAUGUGACUAUGGCUCUCAUUCAAGGCAUUCUCGAUAGAGGAGUGUGUGUUGAGGAGGUUUACAUCGACACAGUCGGUCCACCGGCUGUUUACCAGAAGAAAUUGCAGGGCCGGUUCCCUGGCUUAAAGAUUACCGUGACGAAAAAAGCCGACUCUCUUUUCCCGAUAGUGUCCGCCGCGUCGAUCGUCGCCAAAGUUACCCGAGAUUCGAGCAUCGAGCAGUCGCGUCUGUGCAGGUCGAUCCCCACAGUAUGGGGGUCCGGCUAUCCAUCCGAUCCCCGGACUAGCAAAUGGCUUAACGGCAAUGUUCAUCCGCUUUAUGGUUGGGACUUGAACGUCCGAUACUCGUGGCAAACAGCCAAAGAUGCAAUUAAGCGCAAUAAUGGGAUCGAGAUGACUUGGGAGGACGAUCUUGAAGAAGUAGAUGACGAUUACGGAGAUAUUUCGCACUUGAUGAGCUCCAACAACUUUUCAUCAUCCUCUAUCUCCAACUUUGACUCCGUCCGUUGUGAUUGGUUCCUCAGCAGUAUAUAA